AUGACAGGUUUGAGCUACUACAUUCCUACAUCAUCAACAAUCGAUUGGAAUGGUCCCAGACCAACAACUUGCAACCACCAGCAAUGCCAGCACAUAAAUCAGGAUAUUUUUGGCCAGAUAGCUCGCAUUAAUGAUCACCUCUACCUCUGCAGUCUCCAGGCUCUAACUUCCAAACGCCUUCACCAGAAGGGCAUUACCCAGGUGAUUUCAGUUAUGCCCGAAACCAUUCCCAGCGAGAUCAUUGCCCAGGUGGAACGUCAUAUUCAAAUCCCAGUCGAUGACAUUGACUACUCAAAUCUGCGUUCCCAUUUCGAUGAGGUUGGGGAGAGAAUAGCACGUGAGGCUAGGCGCGGUGGCAAAACAGCCGUCCAUUGUAUGGCCGGAAUCUCGCGGUCAGCCACAAUCGUUCUUGCUUAUCUCAUGAAAUACCAACGACUCAAUCUGGCCGAGGCAUAUAAUAGGGUCAUGUCAAUCAGACCUUGUAUACAGCCGAAUCUUGGUUUCUGGCGGCAGCUCAUAGCAUACGAGGAGUCUCUCUAUGGUUACAGAACUAUGCGAAUAAAUGAAGACGGUUAUCUUGAGUUCGUUUUAGCUCCAACAACGCCAAGGGAUAAACUCUACCCCCAACCAUCAAAUAAGCACCGGUGGAGGGGUCGCAGAUACUGA